GCGGGUCCCCUAAGUGGGGAGACUAAUAGGACGGGGAGCCCCAGUCCGCGGUCGGAGUGCUCAGCGCCCGGGUGACUCGGAGAUCUCGGAUCAAACUCAGGAGGAGUUGCACCCAUCUGCCUCUCCGGGCGUGGGGCGGGGCCCGGGGAGUGACGGGGGCAGUCGAGAUACGGAAACGCCGGCCCUCCAAUUCAGGCCAGAGCGGCCCUAUCUGGCCUGCGUGGCGCAAUGCAGCGCUAGAGCGGCCGGCGGGAGGAGUAGAGUCGCCGGGGCCGGAGCCCGGCAGGAGCCGGGCUAGAGCGGCUGGCAGGAGGAGUGGAGCUGGGCGCAAAGGUGGACUCGGCGGCUAGAGCGACGCGGCGGCAGGGGUGGGGAGAGUACGGAGCCGGCGCGCGGAGGCUUCGGUUCCGGUGGCGGUGGUGGCUUCUCUUUCCACCUGGAGCAGCCCUGCAGAGCCCAGGGAGAUGGAAGACGUUGCCCGAGGGGCGGCCUCCCCAGGCCCCUCCCGGCCUGGCCUGGUUCCCGUCAGCAUCAUCGGGGCUGAGGAUGAGGAUUUUGAGAACGAGCUGGAGACGAACUCAGAAGAGCAAAACAGCCAGUUCCAGAGCCUGGAGCAAGUGAAGCGGCGCCCAGCCCACCUCAUGGCCCUCCUGCAGCACGUGGCCCUGCAGUUUGAGCCAGGACCCCUGCUUUGCUGUCUGCAUGCCGACAUGCUGGGCUCACUGGGCCCCAAGGAGGCCAAGAAGGCCUUCCUGGACUUCUAUCACAGCUUCCUGGAGAAGACAGCGGUUCUGCGGGUGCCGGUCCCACCCAAUGUCGCCUUUGAACUUGACCGCACUCGGGCUGACCUCAUCUCCGAGGAUGUCCAGCGGCGGUUCGUGCAGGAGGUGGUGCAAAGCCAGCAGACAGCCGUGGGCCGGCAGCUGGAGGACUUCCGCUCCAAGCGGCUCAUGGGCAUGACGCCCUGGGAGCAGGAGCUGGCCCAGCUGGAGGCUUGGGUUGGGCGAGACCGAGCCAGCUACGAGGCCCGGGAGCGGCACGUGGCGGAGCGGCUGCUCAUGCACCUGGAGGAGAUGCAACAUACCAUCUCUACCGAUGAAGAAAAGAGUGCUGCCGUGGUCAAUGCCAUUGGCCUGUACAUGCGCCACCUUGGGGUGCGGACCAAGAGUGGGGACAAGAAGUCGGGGAGGAACUUCUUCCGGAAAAAGGUGAUGGGGAACCGGCGGUCGGACGAGCCUGCCAAGACCAAGAAGGGGCUGAGCAGCAUCCUGGAUGCCGCCCGCUGGAACCGGGGAGAGCCCCAGGUUCCAGAUUUUCGCCACCUCAAAGCAGAGGUUGAUGCUGAGAAGCCAGGUGCUACAGACCGGAAGGGAGGCCUGGGGAUGCCCUCUCGGGACCGGAAUGUUGGGGCUCCUGGGCAGGACACCCCUGGAGUCUCUCUGCACCCUCUGUCCCUGGACAGCCCAGACCGGGAACCAGGUGCCGACGCCCCCCUGGAGCUGGGGGACUUAUCCCCGCAGGGCCCAAUGAGCCUGGAGCCCCCGGCGCCCCCAGAGAGUACCGAUGAGGGGGCCGAAACCGAGAGAAGGUGGAAGAGGCUAUCAGGGCGUCUGGGGCGCUCAGAGAGCCUGCGGGUGAGUGACCGCCGCCGGCCUUCCCGGGGCAGCCUCGGGGCUAAGGGCCGGGGUGGGGGCCGCUCCCGGAGCGACGUGGACAUGGACCCCAGUUCCGCCACGGCAGUGCUUGGCCCUGCCCGACGAGCCACCCCUGAGCCUGGAGAUGAGGGGGAGCCGGGGCGGUCAGGACUGGAGCUUGAACCAGAAGAGCCUCCCGGCUGGCGGGAACUCGUCCCACCAGACACCCUGCAUAGCCUGCCCAAGAGCCAGGUGAAGCGGCAGGAGGUCAUCAGCGAGCUGCUGGUGACAGAAGCGGCCCAUGUGCGCAUGCUGCGGGUGCUGCACGACCUCUUCUUCCAGCCCAUGGCGGACGGCCUCUUCUUCUCCCUGGAGGAGCUGCAGAACAUCUUCCCCAGCCUGGACGAGCUCAUCGAGGUGCAUUCCCUGUUCCUCGAUCGCCUGAUGAAGCGGAGGCAGGAGAGUGGCUACCUCAUCGAGGAGAUCGGAGACGUGCUGCUGGCCCGGUUUGAUGGUGCUGAGGGCUCCUGGUUCCAGAAAAUCUCCUCCCGCUUCUGCAGCCGCCAGUCGUUUGCCUUAGAGCAGCUCAAAGCCAAGCAACGCAAGGAGCCUCGGUUCUGUGCCUUCGUGCAGGAAGCUGAGAGCCGCCCACGGUGCCGCCGUCUGCAGCUGAAGGACAUGAUUCCCACGGAGAUGCAGCGGCUGACCAAGUACCCCCUGCUCCUGCAGAGCAUCGGGCAGAACACAGAAGAGCCCACGGAACGGGAGAAAGUAGAGCUGGCAGCCGAGUGCUGCCGGGAAAUUCUACACCACGUCAACCAAGCCGUGCGUGACAUGGAGGACCUGCUGAGGCUCAAGGACUAUCAGCGGCGCCUGGACUUGUCCCAUCUUCGGCAGAGCAGCGACCCCAUGCUAAGCGAGUUCAAGAACCUGGACAUCACCAAGAAGAAACUGGUCCACGAGGGCCCACUGACGUGGCGGGUGACAAAGGACAAGGCUGUGGAGGUGCAUGUGCUGCUGCUGGAUGACCUGCUGCUGCUGCUCCAGCGCCAGGAUGAGCGGCUGCUGCUCAAGUCCCAUAGCCGGACACUGACGCCCACGCCCGACGGCAAGACCAUGCUGCGGCCUGUGCUGCGGCUCACCUCUGCCAUGACCCGCGAGGUGGCCACCGAUCACAAAGCCUUCUACGUCCUUUUCACCUGGGACCAGGAGGCCCAGAUAUACGAGCUGGUGGCACAGACUGUGUCGGAGCGGAAGAACUGGUGUGCCCUCAUCACCGAGACUGCCGGAUCCCUGAAAGUCCCUGCCCCUGCCUCUCGUCCUAAGCCCCGGCCCAGCCCGAGCAGCACCCGAGAACCCCUCCUCAGCAGCUCUGAGAACGGCAAUGGUGGCCGAGAGACGUCUCCGGCUGAUGCCCGGACCGAGAGAAUCCUCAGUGACCUCCUGCCCUUCUGCAGACCAGGCCCCGAGGGCCAGCUCGCUGCCACAGCCCUUCGGAAAGUGCUGUCCCUGAAGCAGCUUCUGUUUCCGGCGGAGGAAGACAAUGGGGCGGGGCCUCCUCGAGAUGGGGAUGGGGUCCCAGGGGGCGGCCCCCUGAGCCCAGCACGGACCCAGGAAAUCCAGGAGAACCUGCUCAGCUUGGAGGAGACCAUGAAGCAGCUGGAGGAGUUGGAGGAGGAAUUUUGCCGCCUGCGACCCCUCCUGUCUCAGCUUGGGGGGAACUCUGUCCCCCAGCCUGGCUGCACUUGAGGUCCCUGCCAAGGAAGGCCUUUUGCAAGAAGGAGAGGAAUCGGGGAGAGGAUGUGAGGGACCCCCCCCCACCCACACAGCUGCCGCAGCAUCUCACACCCUGCGGGCCUGAGGAGAGGGAGCUGUGGGCCACACCUGGGAGGGGCCCAGCUGGGGUCACUGGCCCUGCAUGAGCCUCGGCGAUCUCUCCCUCUUGCCCUCUGCUUGGGGGACUCAGGGCUUCAUUCCGGAGGGCACCACGGUGACCCGGGCCAUCUCAGUAUUGCCUGUGGGGGCCACCCCUCCACUCCCCACCCCCAAGUGCCUUCGCUCUGUUUUUAUACCCUGAAUUGGAGGUUUAUUUUUUAAUAUAUAUUAUCUAAGAAGA